GGCAACUAUGACCAACGAUAUGGCAGCCUCCACUGCCUGCUUCGCGACGUACGCUUGCUUCGUGAGUCACAACCCCGCAACCACCACAACGGCAUAACGCAGAGGAGUAACACAAAGCAAAUACAUGUAGGUUAGCACUGCUAGCACAUUGUGAAUUUCUGCAACAAAAACUUACAAGCGACAUCAUCACAUUUUUACGAAAAGUGACAUUGCUGGAUUCCUGAACCAUGCACGGAAGAGUGAAAGUGAAGACAACUGCUGAGCAAGAGGAGGAGAAAAGAAAAGAGCGGGAAAAGAAGCUUGAGAAAUACAGGUCUGCUUCUAACCGGAUCGAAGAAAAGAGGCAAAGGGGAGAAUUGGAUGAUGAACUUCUGAAAAUCACAGGCCAAGUAUUAAUGAGCAACCCAGAUGAUGCUACACUGUGGAAUGUGCGCCGAGAAGUCUUUGACAAAUAUUUCGUUGAACGGAAAAAUAACUUGAAGGAACUGGCCAGAAUGGAGCUGCAGCUCACCGAGUUAGCUCUUCAGAAAAACCCAAAAUCUUAUGGAGCUUGGAGUCACCGUACCUGGGCAAUGGAAACCUUUCCUGCAAUGGACUGGGAUAAGGAGCUUUCCCUCUGCAAUCUCUUCCUUGACAUGGAUGAGCGCAAUUUUCACUGCUGGGACUACCGCCGCUUUGUGUGUGACCAUGCAAACGUCAGCCUGGAGAAAGAAUUGGAGUUUACAAUGCAGAAAAUUGCUGCAAACUUCUCUAACUACUCGGCUUGGCAUUACCGCAGCUUUCUGCUGCCUAAACUAUUUCCCGGUGCUGUUCAAGGCAGUGUCAGAGAAGAGAUUUUGUUACAGGAGUAUAACCUCGUGCAAAAUGCAACAUUUACUGACCCAAGUGACCAGAGUGCCUGGUUCUAUCACAGGUGGCUUACAGGCAGAGAAAGCCCACCAUUGGACUUCCUUCUGUUUCGUGUGUCAAGGAGCAAGCAUCAAAUCAUAAUAAACCUUACAAAGCCUAUUCGGCUUGAUCAGAUGCAACUCAUUUUGAAGAUCAAUGGCACGUCAGUACCCACAAAGUGGGAGGCUCCAGGAAGGCCAUGUUCCUCAUCUCUUUGGUGUCAUAAAAUGAACAAAGACAUCCUCAUUGGAGACUGUGAUUAUAUGUUCCAAGUCUUCCUUCAAUCUUCCGAUGUCGUACUGGCCUCUGCCACAGUAUCAUUGUGUGCAUCUGACCAUGAGGCGCAGUAUUCUGGGAAGAUACCUCGCAAUCGGUUAUUCAGUUGUGAACUAAGUGCAGCCAGGACAUCGGUUCUACAAGAUGAACUGGAAGCCUGCCAACAGCUUCACCAGCUUGAACCUGAUAAUAAAUGGCCCCUGCUGACCUGUGUUCUCCUCAUGAGAGCAUUGGAUGGGCAGAAACACAAAACUGAAAUUGAAGAUUUCCUGUCACAACUCUGUAAAGUUGACUCCACAAGGAAGAAUUAUUACCAGGAUUUAAUGUCCAAGUUUGCAGUUGAGAGGAUCAUCGAGAACUUAGAAGACCACAGCUCGAGUGUUGCGUUUGUGAACUGUGGACUGACAAGCAUUCGACAUACAGACCACUUGGUGCUGAUGCAGCAGGUAGAUCUCAGCAACAAUGCUCUUACCUCGCUGCGUCCCCUGUGCUGCCUUAUCAACCUUCGUAACCUCACUGCUAAUGACAACAAGAUUGAGGACUGCGUUGGACUGGACAACCUGCUUGAGCUUACAACCUUGUCACUCAGAAGGAACUCUAUAUCUUCCACGGGAGGAAUUGCAUCACUGGCAACCUGCCCACAACUAGUUGAACUACAUCUGGAAGGAAACCUAAUAUGUGAUGACGUCGGCUUCAAGAGUUCUAUUUGCGGUGUGAUCCCCCAGUUGAGGGCCCUUAAUGGAGAGAAUUGUCAGUAGGGCACAACGUUACUGCGAUUAUGAAGUAACACAAAUACUGCAUGACACAGCAACUGUGUACAAGGGACUUCCAGAGCUGCAAGCACUUCGGAAGUGUUUCAUGUGCAUGUUCUCAGAAGCAAAGUGGCAACAUGCAUCACGGUGAACAUGCACGUUUUAUGGCUUACGGACUGUCAAGUUUAUGGUAUUUUAAUUUUGAUACAUUAUGUUUGUGUGUGAUUGCUUGUUGCUUUAAAUCCAAUAAAUAUGAGCAUUAUCUUA